GCUCAGGAUGAGUGCGAUUUGUUUUCUGGGAGAUGGGUUUUGGACAAUUUCUCACAUCCACUUUACUCUGAAGAGGAACGCCCAUACAUGUCAGAUCAACUGGCGUGGCGCAAGUAUGGGAGGCCUGAUUUGGCUUACAGGAGUUGGAGGUGGCAACCUCAUCACUGCAACUUAACCAGGUGGAAUGCGACUGCUAUGCUGGAAAAGUUGAGAGGGAAGAGGCUAAUGUUUGUAGGAGAUUCUCUGAAUCGAGGCCAGUGGAUAUCCAUGGUGUGUCUAUUACAAUCAGUACUCUCACCAACCAAAAAUCCAGAGUACAAUGCUACUGUAGAGUUUUACUGGGUGCCACUUUUGGUAGAAUCCAACUCUGAUGAUCCGGUAAACCAUAGAUUAAGUAGCAGGAUAAUCAGGCCAGAUUCUAUAGCAAAGCAUGGAUCAUACUGGAAACAUGCUGACAUAUUGGUGUUCAAUUCUUAUCUAUGGUGGAGAGGAGAGCUUAAGAUCAAACUUCUAAGUAAAGGGGAACCGUGUGAAGAAUCUGAAGGAUUGGAUGCCAUGAAUGAGGCCUUGAGAACGUGGGCUGAUGGGGUAGACUCAAAUGUGGAUGCUCGCAAAACCCGUGUCUUCUUUGUUACCAUGUCCCCAAUACAUCUUUGGAGCCAGGACAACGCUAAUUGAGAGGGAAGAUUACUGGGGAAGUGGGUCAGAUCUAAGGAUGAUGAGUGUAUUAGAGAAUGUUUUCAGGGAAAGGAGAUCAAGAGUCACAGUUCUUAACAUCACACCGCUAUCUGAGUAUCAAAAAGAUGGCCACCCUUCUAUAUAUCGGAAGUUUUGAGAGACCUUUAAGCCAAAGCAGUUGUUGCAUCCCGAGGGCCAUGCAGAUUGUAUACAUUGGUGUUUGCCUGGUGUGCUCGAUGUGUGGAAUGAAUUAUUGUUCAAUUUAUUGUAAGAUAGUUGAAUAC